AUGAUUCAUGUGAAAGAAUAUAUUUGUAGAUGGGCCUAUGAAUGUGCCAUUCCUUUUCCUGCCUUUGAAAAGGAUAGCUUCAAAAUUAUGUUGGAGGCGGUUGGCCAAUUUGGACGUGGGGCACCACCUCCAACUAGAUAUGAGAUGGGAGAAACAUAUUUAAAGAAACAAGUAGAAAGAACAAUAAACUUGUUGACACCAUACAAAGACGAAUAUAAAUCUAAUGGAUGCUCGAUUAUGACGGACGCAUGGUCUGAUAGAAAGAAAAGGAGCAUCAUGAACUUAUGUGUUAAUUCAAAGAUGGGGACCGUUUUUUUGUCAUCUAAAGAAUCAUUGGAUGAAGCUCACACAAGUGAACACAUACAUGAGUAUGUUGAAAGUUGCAUCAAAGAAGUUGGCCCCGAGAAUGUGGUUCAAAUUGUGGCCGACAAUGCAUCAAAUAAUAUGAGAGCGGCCAAGUUGUUAAAGGAAAAAAGACCAACUAUUUUUUGGACAUCUUGUGCAACACAUACCCUCAAUCUUAUGCUUGAAGGUAUUGGUGGGCUACCUAGGUAUAAGAAAAUUCUCAACCAUGCAAAAACACUCACGAUGUUUAUUUAUGCUCAUCAUAAAACUUUGGCCAUGAUGAGACACUUUACCAAGAAAAGAGAUAUUGUGCGACCGGGAGUCACGAGAUUUGCUCCGCAUUUCUUACUUUGCAAAGUUUGGCCGAUAAAAAGGCCCAACUAA